UUAUUAGCUUCUUGUCGAUUUUUGGGUUUUCUUGCGUACGCUACCCAGCAGCUAGUUAGUUCUAAAACAUUUUAUGCUUCUUUACACAGCUUUCAUGCAUAGUGCUGAAAAUGACUACAAAUGAAAUAUCAGAAGGUUGGAGUGUGUAUAGCCAUAUAAGGAGAAUUUGUUGCUAACCAUGGAUAAAGAUUUACUCAGGCAGUCCGUGGCAUUUCAUGGACAGAGUCUGUUUUCUCUGUUAAAAUGUGAACAGAGUGAAAAUCCAGACUUUAAACACAUCACAGCUGAUCUCGCCAAAUCUUUGAAUCAGAGUGAUAAAGAAGAUGAGAGUCCUAUUGUGGAACAAUUUAUUGCAAGGAAAGCAGAUUUACUGUUUGCUCCAGAAUUUAAAUCAACCACACCUGUAGAAGAAGAGUUGCAAGAAGAUGCGCAAGAGCCAUAUGGCAUUAUGCCACCAUUGGAGCAGUUCAUGGACAUUUCUUAUAACAAGAGAAGAGAGCUUUUUUACAGAGACGUGGAACGAGGUGAUUUAGUCAUUGGCAGAAUAACGUCAAUCCGGGAUUUCGGAUUCUUUGUUAAUCUUCUCUGCACCGCUGGGGGAAUGGAAAGGGAUGUUGAAGAUCUAGAGAUAACGGGUCUAUGUCCAAUCAGAGAUGUCCCAUCAACUGGAAAUCAUGAUGAUCCUUUGUCUUAUUUUCAGACCGGGGAUUUAAUUAGAGCUGGUGUGAAGGACAUCGACCGCUAUCAUGAGAAGCUGACCAUUUCGCUUCAUCCUACCUCUCUGGCCUUGAACAUGGAGCGAACCAAACUGGGUGUAAUAAACAAAGAAGAUUUACCUCUUCAUUACACCCGUGGCGAACAGGUGGCCGUGGACUACAAAGAGUCGUAUGAGAUGUUACUCCAAAGUUCACUCGGCUUCUCUAACCCUUCCAAUGUGGAUUAUUUGCUUGGCAAGCUAGGAAUCAGCGACACACGAUCGCACUCACUAAUGAGAGGAUUACAGAGUAAACAUUUCAUGGAAGAUGAUUUUGCAAGUGCUAUUCGGAAGAAGCAGUCUGCUUCCUGGGCUUUGAAAUGUGUGAAAGCUGGUGUGAAUCAUUUUAAAGCAGGUCACCAUGUAGAAGCGAUGAAUGAGUACAACAAGGCUUUAGAGAUUGACACCAACAACGUUGAAGCUCUUGUGGCACGUGGCGCUCUAUAUGCCACUAAAGGCAGCUUAGUGAAAGCCAUCAGUGACUUUGAACUAGCUUUGGAAAGCUGCUCAACACACAGGAAUGCCAAGAAAUAUUUGUGCCAAACCCUUGUGGAACGUGGUGGACAGCUGGAGGAAGAGGAGAAGUUGGUUACAGCAGAAGGGCUUUAUAAGAAAGCAAUAGCUUUAGAUGACACAUUUCAUGAAGCGAAGGAAGCGCUGAGGAAGCUCCAGCUGCACAUCCAGAAAACUCUUAAACUGAAAGCUGAGGAGGCUGCAAAGGAGAAGGAAAAGCAACCAAGUGCAGAGACGAGUGCAGAUAAAUUACGUAAGAUCUUAAAAGAAGAAAAAAGGAUGAAAAAGAAAAGGAAGAGGUAUGACUCCACUUCAGAGACAUCCUCAAGCUCUGAUUCCUCCAGCGAUGACUUAUCUAGUCGCAAAAAAAGCAAAAAACGAAAGCACAAACGACGACGGUCUUCACACAGUGAUAAAAAACACAAGCAGAAGGUUCCAUCACAUGAUGAGGAGGAAAUUGAGGAUUACCCUGUUCCUGCUAACACCUCAGCGUCCUUUAUCAAUGAGAAACAAACCCUUGUUAAACUGCUCGAUGGUAAUAACAGAGCUGAAAACCGAAGACUUUCUCAUGAAAAAAGCAGAGAAGGUAGGUUUAAAGAUGAGGCCUUCACCUGGGGCCCUGAAACUGAGGACAGGAAGGAGGAAGUCAGGAUGUCAGGCAGUCAUCACGAGUGCCUCAGCGGGUUAAAUGGCCGGGGGAAAGACACGUACAGAGAUCGCAGAAGAUCUGAAGAUGAACACAGCGCUCGGUCAGAAAGUUGUAGAAGCUCACGGAGCACUUCCUGUAGAAAAGAUUCCUCCUCGGCAUAUUCAGAGACCUCACACAAAUCUGACACAUGUGAUUUUACCACAAAAAAAUCCAGUUCUUACACAUCCAACUCGUGCAAUUUCCACUCGUCUGACUCACGCAGAUCAGAUUCUUAUAAAUCUGGAAGUGAUAGAAAGUCACACGUCAGGGAAGAUAAUGAAGGAAACAAUCGUAGAUUAAGCUGCAGUGAUGUGAGCAAAGCCAUGGAGGGAAACCUAAAAAAGAAUUUACCCACCAGUUUACUGGAUAUCUUUAAUCAGAUUGCUGAGUUUGAGAAAGAAAAAAAGCAGAAGAAAUAAAUAACAUGUUCCUAUUCACAGUUGCUUUAAGUUUUUUUUAAUUGCUUUAGAAAAAAAAAGAUUAAAGGAUAAACUUGUGGUAGCCCAAACCUGCCAACAUUUAUAUAUUUUGUUUCGGAGUGUCCCUUGCAGAAGAUUAAACAUUCAAAGAAUAUAUACAAGUAGUCUUCCAUAGCAAUGUCUUAAAUGUAACACAUCAAACAGUCUGAGCUGCAGAUCAAUAAGGAUUAUGUUGGCCAAGUUGAAUCAUUUUAUGCCUUCUCCCAAUGAACAUCAGACAAGAGAUCUGUACAUAUUCAAUUUCUAAAUAAACAAGAUUAUUCCUGGUUGGCAGGUCUGGAUACACUGAAAAUGCCUUGUAAUAAACAAACCUGAUGAUACCACUGAUGUAGCAGUUAUCACUUCUUUAUAUAAAGUUUUUGUUUUGACUUAUUGAGUGAAAUAAAUUGAUUCCUUGACGAAAGGUUUUUGUAGUUGAAAAUUUUAAAACGUUUAAGCUCGUAAGCUCUUUGAAACUACAGUAAGUACAUUUAUGUACAUUUAUGGAUACAGUUUAUUUCUGUAGAGGGCUGUAAAUUUGGAAUGAGGAUGUAAUCCAAUGGUAAAAUGUAUUGAUUGUUGAUUGGAUCAUGAUUAGAUGCAUGUCUGCUGUUUUUUAUUCCACUUCACUGUGAUUCUUUUUGUUUCUACUUGUUUCCCAGUUUGAUUAAUAUCAUAGGACUGCGUGUACCACAUGUAAACCAAUAUAUCCAAACAUCUCCUAAUAAACCGAGGCUCAGAACAA